UUUUAGAAAAAACGGGUUACUGUUUCAUAUUGAAGGGAAUGGUGGCGGCAGAUCCGAUAUUAGAUGAGAAUGUUCUGGAGGAACCAUCCUUUUCAGACAGCGAGUAUGGCUUUAGAGACAGCGCAACUGAUGAAGAAUUAGUUGGCGAUGUGUUGCGAAAAAAACCGUCUUUGAGUGAAUACGACCACUGUUGCAUAAUAGUCUCCGGCAUACCGAUAGUUGAUGAAAAUCGUUUACCGAAGUUGAAGAGUGUACUCGGGAAAAUUUUUGGUCGGAUCCAUCCACAGUUCAAUGAUUUCUAUCCGGUGGAUGAUAAUGGCUCUACAAAGGGCUACUGCUUUGUGGAAUACCCUGGCAGCGAGAUAGCAGAGAAUGCUACAGCAAUAUUGCAUGGUUAUCUGCUGGACAAAAAUCACACAUUUUCGGCCAAUCUAUUUAAUGAUUUGAAUAAAUUCGAGAAACCGGAUGAAAAUUGGAGACCACCAGAAGCACGACCAUACAACAAUAUCGGUGAUUUAUGGUCUUGGUUGCAAAAUGAGAAAUGUUACGAUCAGUUCGCUGUUCAUUAUGAGCGUGAUGCACAAGGUUCUAAAUAUGGCUCGACAUCACCGUUUGUCGGAGUUUACGAAUACCGGAAAGGACAAGAUCCUGUGCCUGUCACGGAACGACAAUACUGGACCGAGACAGUGUUCAGGUGGUCUCCUAAUGGUACUUUCUUUGUAAGUGUUCAUCGUAUGGGUAUCGCGUUAUGGGCAGGGGCUAACUUUGAGCGUUUUGCUCGUUAUCCGCAUGAAAAUGUUGUGAUGCUUGAUUUUUCACCGUGUGAAAGAUUUCUUGUUACGUACUCAUUACCAGAAAAUCGAUGGGCUGAUGAUACUAAUUCUUUGCGUAUAUUUGAUACUAUGACUGGAGAAAUGCGACGUGGUUUUUCAUUGCUUACCCAAGAAGGAUCCAAUGAAUUACCCUGCUGGCCAUAUUUUCAAUGGUCAGCAGAUACUCGAUCUUUAGGACCGAAUGAAACAUAUCUGGCUUGUCCAGAAGCGAAUGGAUUUGUGGCAUGUCCGAAACCCGGUGGUAAUGGAAUCAAUGUAUAUGAGACGAAGAGUUUUACCUUAUUAGACAAGAAGCAUGUAGUAAUUGAGGGUUUACGAACUUUCCGUUGGUCACCAACACGCCCCAUUAUUGCAUAUUAUUGUGACGAACGUACAUCAGAUAAUGCACCAGCGGAAAUUGGUUUGAUGGAAAUUCCAUCAAAAAAGAAACUUCGUGCGCAACGAAUAUUUUCUGUAUCGGAAGCAGAACUGUUUUGGAAUAAAAAUGGUGAUCGAUUAGCUGCACAUACAGAACGUUAUCAGAAGAAAAAUAUCAAGACAUCUGCAAGUGGAGCUGUAGAGGAAAUUAAGUAUACGAACCCGACUUCACACAUAGAAAUUUUCGAUGCACGAGGGAAAGACAUCUCCGUGCUUUCAAUGCCUCUCUCUGAAUCAUUUAUAGCAUUUGAUUGGGAACCAUCCGGUGACAAAUUUUGCGUGCUUGUCGGAUCACAACAUAAAUCUACUCCUCUUAUAUAUUACUUGGAUACGACCAAGCAUGCGCCUCAACUUAUAUCGAAAUUUGAACCGAUGGAACGCUUCAGUGAUGUUCUUUGGGCACCAGCAGGUGGUUGGCUGGUCGUUUUUUCUGCUGGUACGGCAUCCGGCAAUAUAAUGUUUAUUGACAGCAACGGAACGCGACCGACUCGAACCAAUUUAGUCGAAUAUCCAGGCUUUAAUAAGGGAAGCUGGGAUCCUACAGGACGGUAUUUUACAGCAGCAUGUACAAUUGGUGGUGGGAAAGGUGAUACUGGUUAUCGUAUCUAUACUUUCCAAGGAAGAGAAUUGUACAGAAAGCCAUUGGACCGACUAAUGCAAUUCAAAUGGCGACCACGUUUGUCGGUUAAACUGCCUGAUGAAACUAUUAAGAUGAUUAGGAAGAAUUUGAAAACUACAUCAGCUAAAUUUGAAGAAGAAGAUAAAAUGGAACGUGGUAGAGCAACCAAGGAAGUGAGUGAAAAACGCAAGAAAAUUAUGGCCGAUUUUGUCCAGAUCCGUAACGCUUGCACGAAGAAAUUGGCAGAAGAAGCAGAGUUACGCUUACAGCUGAGAGGUGGCUUAGAUGCAGUGAAAGCAGAUAAUGAAGACUUGGUGGAAGAAACUAUUACGGUGCCUUUAACUACAGAAAAAGUGAAACUACAAGAAGUAACAGUACCCGAGGAGUAGAAAGUUAUAGGAUAUUUAUUUUUCACCGGAAAAGGAGUUACACUUUCUGAUUCCUUUUUUCUUUUUCUGCGCCCUGCUGAGUGUCCUCGUUUUCCUACUAUUGUCCUUAAAUAAUGUUAUCAAGUUCCCCUGCUUUCCCUAAUUAUUUCUCUGUUGUGUUUGUAGUCUGUGGUAUUUCAGUGGUACCCAGUCUUGUUACAAUCAUUGGUUAUUAUGAUUUGUGCAUACCACCACGUCUAAGGUACAUAAAGCAAUGCUUUUGAGCUGGAUCUGUUGUGAUAUGACUUUCCUGUGCGGUUUGUCUUUAUGAGCCUAUGUCUGUUAUGUUCUGUUUUCAGUAUUGCUGACAGUUUGUUUUGUUUGCUGUUCCUUGUUAUGGGUAAUAAAAAGGAAUGAUCUUAGAC